AUGAGGAGCGUCCCCACGAGGGCCGCGGCGCUCUGGGCGAACCCGACGCCGCGACCGCGGUCGUUGGGCUCCCCGCCUCCUCCUCCCUCGCUCUCUCCGGGUUUACCCGCUGGGCCCUUGGCGGCUGCUCGCCCGCGCCCCGCGGCCUCCGCCUCCUCUCUGUCUCCUCGUUCCGCGCCGUCUCUCCAGUCCUCCGCCGCCUCGUCUUCCGCUGCGUCUGCAUGCGCCUCUGAGGCGAACAGGUCUUCGGCGACCGCUCCGGGCACUUGUCGCCCGCGCGGCGCCUCACCUGUCGCUGGUGUCUCCGUUCCUCUCCCGCUUCCGUGCGCAGCGACUGCGUCGUCUCCGGUCGCUGCCGCCGGCUUGUCUCCGCCUACCUCGCUCGCGCUUGGGCGCGCGGGGGGGUCGCUCUUCUCGGCGCCGGUCGCGGCGCUCGCGGGCGGCUCGGGCUCCUUCGCGCGCGAGGCGCGUCGCUUCUACACGCCGCCGGCGAAGCGGACAUGGUCCAAGCAGCACAGCAAGAUCUACACGCGGCGGCCGCUGACGGAGCGCUACGCGCCGCACAAGCUCCAUCCCGAGCAGGAGUGGUGGCGGGAGCGCGCGCUGCAGCCGUCUUCCCUGUUCAUGGGGUUUCCAGACUUGCUUGCGCUGCCGCUGCGCGGUGGCUUCGCGUACAUCAGCGAAAUGGACGCGCCGACUCUCGCCAUCGUCCUCGCCAGUUUGGGCGUCGCGCCUGCGCCCUACAGCAUCUCUGAGCAGAAGGGACACGCGACUGUCUCCCGGCUGCCGCUGCCCUUCGCGGCGCCCGCGGCGUUCGCGCCGGUGAACUUGCCGCAACACCUGGAGAGUCUCCUGCAGAUGCUCGGGCGACAGGCUGCGGCGGUCGCGGUGAACGCCUCAGACACCGCGCUCGCCUACCUCUUCCGCGGCUGCGCCGAGGCAGGGAUCGCCGAGCGCAGCGUCGUGUGCACGCUCGUGGGGCGCGUGGAGACGCGCCUGCCGCGCAUCGGCCUCGCAGACUGCCUGGUGCUGCUGGAGGCCGUCCGUCCCGAGUUGCCAGCCGCGUACAGACCGCCGCGGCUCGUCGAGAAGCUCGUCCAGCACGUCGAGCUGCUGAUCCAGUUCCGCGGCGCCGAGAUCCCCGCCGAGGACCUCUGCGACGUCGCACACCUCCUCGUCUCCGCCGUGGGCGACUGCAGCCCCGCGCGCCUCCAGUUCCUCGCGCUGAGCCUCGUUCGCGGGAAGUCAAAGGAGGAGCUGCACGUCGCCGCGCCGCGCGCGCUCGCGCGCGCCAUGGCUGCCUUCGCCCGCGCCCGCGAUGCCCUCAACCUUCCGCUCCUUCCUGCAGCCGGCGGCGACGAGCCAGACGCCCAGCGAGGCGAGGGCGACGCUGGCGACGCUGGGGGGCGGCUGCCGCUGCGCGGCGCGCGACUGGCGAAGGCGCACGCGGAGCUGUUUUGCGCCUCGCCGCUGCUGCGGGCUUACGAGGCGAAUCCGCACGCGCCGGCGUCUGCGCUGCUGCAGCUCUCGCUGUUGGCGCCCGUUGUGCAGGCUCUACACCGCGCCGAGAAGGGCUGCGGGUCCCGGCGCGGGGGGCAGGACGCCCGCGGGCUCCUCCCCGCCGAGGGAGACAGCUUCGCGGCGGAGGGCGAAGGAGCCCAACGCGCGGGCAGGGGGAACGCACGCGCCGCCCAGCGGCCUGAGGCGCGCGCGCUCACAGAGGCGGCGGCGCUCGCCGCCGCCUCUGUGGCGGAGGAGGCCAGCCUGCUCAACCGGGAAAGCACGCUCCGCAGGGGGCUGCUCAGGUGCCUCGAGAGAGUCGACGACAACCGCGAGCAGCUGUCGCCCGACAGCAUCUGCAACGCGCUCUACGCCGCCGCUGUGGUGCGGACAGCCCCGAGCCGCGUCUUCUUCCCUGACCUUCUUAAGCGGCUUGCAGACCAGCUGGGGGCCUGCACCGUUGAGGAUCUCUCCCGCGCGCUCUUUGCGCUCGUGAGAGUGUCGUCUUCUUCUCUGCUGCCUCCUCGAUCUCGAGAUCUUUUGGCGCCUCUCCUGGGCCAAGUGCUCGAGGCAGUGAAGGCGUCGCUUCCGCAGGCCGACGUGGCGGCGCUCGCGCGGCUUCACCACGCGGCGGCGGCAGCCUCUAUUGCGUCGCUGGAGCUGAAGAAAGAGGAGCUGCUGAGCGUCGCCGAGGAGACCUGCCGCCUGCUGCAUGCGCGCCUGGAAGAGGCGGCGCCCUCGCAGCUCGUCGCUUUCGUUCGCCACCUGGAUCGGUUUUCCUCCCUGACGACUGCAGAAUUCCGCCGAGCGCUCAUUACGCAGUCCAUCGUGCGCAUGAAUUUCUUCAACGAAAGCCAGCUCGCUCGUCUCCUCGACGGUGUCACCCGCCUGGCCUCUUCGUCGCCCGACGACGAGCAAUUAGCUGCGUCUACGGAGGAGGUCCUGCGUCACAUCGAAGGCGCCGCGACGACUGCGGACGCGUACUUCUCUCCCGCGAGUUCGCUCCGAAUCCUCGUCUCCCUCGCCCGCCUGCGGCGGCAACGCACGCGCCUGACCGCGGCACACGAAGACUUGAUCCUUUCGCUGUGCGACGGCCUGACGGCGGCGGCGCUGCCUGGCGCGUCUGCUGAGGAGGCUGCGGGAGGGGCGGCGCCCGCCGCGCGCGAAAGCGCCAGAGAUCUCCACACAGACCGGGCGACGGAUUUCCUUUUCCUCGUUGAGGCGUCGCCCGCGCGAGCGCUGGGGGACGACGCGGCGGAGACGGAUUGCCUGCAGUCCCUGUCCGCGGAGUCGUACAUCCAACUCCUCCGCGCCCUCCGCGAGCUCGGCGUGGAAGGCGGAGUCGUCCUCACCCGAGUCGCGCACCUGCUGCACAUGAAACGGUACGACCUCACGGAAGCGCAGGAAGCGUCCGCCGCCGAAGUCUGUGCGUCGCUGGGACUGGACUUCGAAGCCGAAGAGAAGCGAAAGGCAUCUGCGGCGUGCUGA